AUGUCGCAAAUUAGUGUUGUUCAAGGAGCGGAAAGAAUACCUGAUUUUUCGGUAUCUGACCAAGAAAUUGUUGAUUUGGUGGACAAACUUCGACAAGAAGAUGCGAGCAGGGCAGUUGAAGGUCAAAUAAUACUGGAUUAUCAAGGACAUACAACUACACAUAACGCAGAUGAUCACGCCAAAAACAGACUAUUUAAAUGGGUAGAUCCGAAUUUGCUGAAAAAAAAUACGUAUCAGAAACUGGUUGCGCUCUACGAUGAAUAUCAACCGCGAGCUGGAAUUCGUGAAGAGAAUAGCAUAAAGAAAACACGAAUUAUUCGCGAAUAUUUAGAUGCAAUUUUGGAUACACAAAUUUGGAAAAGUCUUUAUGAGUUUUUGCACCAAAAAGAGCAUCUAUUUGCGACAACUCCAAAUGAAUUCCGUUCGUGGAUAAAUCAAUUGUGGUUCGUAGAAUAUUCGAGACACCGUGGUCUUAUUGAUUCCUCUGGUUUUGAACAUGUUUUCAUGGGAGAGGUGUUUAGCACUAAUUUUUCAAAUGUGGAAGCAAAUUUCUGA